AUGACAAACCCACAAGAUAACCUUGGAACUCCACCACCACCGACUCCCUCUAAUUCAUCUACCCCUCCUCCACCUAGCACAUCUCCCAAACCCAGGCUGAGAAGGGUAAAAAUGCUGGCUCGAAAAACAGUAGCUUUUGGGGCUCUUUCAAAGAAAUUGAAUGAGACAUUAAAGGCAAACCAGAAAAUAGGUUUGUUUUGGUUGGGCCUAUUAGGGAUGUGGAAUUACCUGAGGUUAGAAGGACUGAAGGCAAAAAAAAAUUCAGAAAAAGAAAAAAAAAAGGGUGACUGUGGUGACGAGAGGGUAAAAGGGAAAAGAGUGGUUGAUCAUUCACCCACUGGUGAUUUGUCUGUACCUGCUAUUUGUGGGGUUGAACAAGAAAAUGUUGAAGAGAGUGGCAAGAAGUCAGGGGGAAGUGGUUCUGGUGAAGCUUCUGAAGGGUUUGUUAAUCUAAGAGCACAAGGAGAUAAACUUGGUUCAUCAACUAAAGAGACCUUAGCAGACCUGUAG